GCCCUGAUCAGUGCAGCAGUUUAUAUUAGAAUCAUCCUAUCUUCUUUCUAAUCAGUUCUCUAUCUGCAGCUGUCUGUCUAUUUCUGUAUUUUUCCUCUGUUUAAUAAAUGGACAACGUGAAUAAACCACUUCUCGGUGACAAUGACAAACCCAAGUACCAGUCUGUGGGGAAAGCCCUACGAGAAGCUGAGAAAAAUUAUAUCAGAACCCUUAACAACAAGAAGAUGUUCCUGGCAGCUUUCUCUGCUGUUCUUGGGAACUUCACAUUUGGCUUUGCGCUGGUUUACCCGUCCCCAGUGGUUCCAGUUCUGGAAGCAGAUGCAGAUCCCUCCUUGCACAUCAGACCAGAAGAGAUAUCAUGGUUUGGGUCUGUGUUUGGUCUUGGCGCAUGUCUGGGCGGCUUAAGUUCCAUGGUAAUGAAUGACAAGCUUGGACGUAAGCUGAGCAUCAUGGUCUCUGCACUACCAGCGGCAUUUGGAUUCCUCCUGAUGGGUAGCGCUCAGCAUAUCUGGAUGCUAUUGUUGGGCAGAAUUCUGACAGGCUUUGCAGGCGGCCUGACUUCAUCUUCUAUACCUGUGUAUAUUUCAGAAAUCUCACAUGCUGGAGUCAGGGGAGCCCUAGGCGCCGGCCCUCAGAUUAUGGCGGUUUGUGGUGCUCUGGUUCUGUAUGCAUUAGGUCUGAUUCUGCCCUGGAGGUGGCUAGCGGUAGCAGGAGAGGUGCCUGUAUUUAUCAUGUUGUUUCUUCUCUGCUUCAUGCCUGACUCUCCACGGUUCAUGAUCUCAAAAGGCAAAGAUGAGAAAGCACUCAAGGCUCUUAUCUGGCUCCGAGGGGCCCACACAGAUUAUACAGGGGAAUAUGAAAGGAUUAAACAAAGCAUAAUGACACAGAACAGCUCUCUCAAGUUGGUAGAACUCACCGACCGGCACUAUUACAAGCCUAUCCUUAUUGCCAUGCUAAUGAGGUUUUUGCAGCAGCUCUCAGGAAUUACUCCAAUUCUAACUUACCUGGAGUCGAUCUUCAACAAAACCAACGUCAUUCUGAGAGGUGGAUAUGACGCUGCUAUUGUUGGAGUUGUACGUCUGGUGUCUGUUUUAAUUGCCGCUAGUAUUAUGGAUAAAGCAGGCAGGAAGAUCCUUCUAUUUAUAUCAAGUUUCCUGAUGUUUAUCUCGUCUCUGUCCAUGGGGCUGUAUAUCCAUUUCACUGUAGACAAACAUGUAAACGGCACUAACAUCACGGCUGCUCUGAGCCAAGCCGACUCCUCACCAGAGCCAGUGAACUAUAUAACCAUAAUCCCCCUUAUCUGCAUCAUGUUGUAUAUUCUGGGUUACGCCUUAGGUUGGGGGCCAAUUACCUGGUUGCUCAUGUCAGAGAUCCUGCCCCUGAAAUCCAGAGGGAUAGCGUCAGGCAUUUGCGUGGUGGUGAGCUGGAUAACAGGCUUUUCACUUACUGAGGCCUUCUUCCCAGCGGUGAAAGCUUUUUCUUUGGAAACACCAUUUUUUUUCUUCACGGUUAUCUGCAUGUUCGGCUUUAUCUUCAAUUACUGUUGUGUCCCUGAAACUAAAGGACGGACACUGGAACAAAUUGAGUCUUUCUUCCGAACUGGACGACGUUCCUUCAUAAGAUAGGAACAAGCUCUCCCUCAUACUUGUGGGCUGGUAAAGUGCCAAUGAUGUGCACGUGCCUGUGCAGAAAACACAAGGACCUAACUUUAGAGCGGCCAUCUUUGUUUGGGUUGGUUUUCUGACUAUUCUAUAUUGCAAGUUUUAUUACCAUUAAACAGGCUGUGAUUUAAGUUACUACAGAACAGAAAUGGCAAGCUGAAAUCUCACUGUAAAUGCACAGCAAAAGUAUGCUCAGGAAGAAGCCAGCCUGCUGCACAACGUGAUAUCACAUUAGUGGCUGCAAGGAGAAAGAGGAAAUAUUCCAGCACUUUGUGGGUUGUUGUUUAUUAGAAAUUACUGUCUAGCUAAACAGAUGAGUCACUUGUAGAAAUUCCAGUAUGUGUCCAUACGACUCAUGUGACCUCUACAGGGGAAGAAACGAAAGCGCUGGACUCCUGUGCAUGCGCUAGUUGUCCUAUCACCAAAACAUCUCUACAUACUGUAUAAGUGAGGGACCUCUGUGCUCUUGUACCCACACUCUCAGACUUUCAUUUUAUAUUGUAUUAAAACAAAUUACAAAACAAUGUUAUUUUAUAAGCUAUGUAUUAAAAAAUUGUUUCUUUCAUAUUCGAUUCACUGUGGGCUAGGUAUCAGGAAAUGAAACGUCAUUCAGGGGCCCUAAAGAUCUCUGGUCUCGUGAAAUUAUAUUAAAAAUUUUAAGAGGCUGCGGUAGAAAAUUACCUCCCAGUUAAGGAAUGUGGAAGGGAGAGAGCCCAGCCCACUUUAAAAAGUGUUUCUGCAGCAUAUUUGAAUACAAUUAACUUUUAUAAGCUGCUUCCUUGAGUGCAUUGUCUUAAUAAAGGGACACAAUUCUAAAACA